AUGGCCACUCACAAAGCCCUCGUGCUCCACGCCCGCGACAAACCACUAGUCCUGGAAACUCUGCCCCGUCCAGUCCCCAAAGCGGGCGAAGCAGUCGUUCAAAUCCUAGCAGCCGAUGUUGUUCCUUACAUGCGCGAAGUGCUAGAUGGUUCUCGUCCAUACCCACUUUCUCUCCCUAUGACACCUGGCAAUACUGCCAUCGGGCGAGUCUUCGAGGUUGGACCGGACGCCGUCCGUCUCACGCCGGGCCAGAUGGUACUAUGCGACAUCACGAUCCGAGCACGCGACGAUCCAUCUGUGACUAUUCUUUAUGGAAUUCAUGGAGGCGGAUAUCCGGCGGCACAGAAGCUUAUGGAUGGGGAGUGGAGGAAUGCGACGUAUGCAGAAUACGCGCGUUUCCCUCUGGAGAACCUUUAUCCGCUGAAUGAGGAUCUAUUACUCAGGAAGCUGGGAUAUAAGAUAUCGGACUUGUGUUUCCUACCUGUGUUUCUCGUUCCUUUCGGUGGGUUAUCUGAAGUUGAUGUUAAGCCUGGUGAGGUGGUGAUUGUGGCGCCUGCUACGGGGAGGUAUGGGGGUGCAGCGGUAGCUGUGGCGCUUGCAAUGGGUGCUACUGUAGUGGCUGCUGGUCGGAAUAUUGCGGCGCUUCAAGCUCUGGAAACGAUCCAUGCGUCGACGAGUCGAUUGAGAACUGUUGUCCUUACCGAAGACACUGCUCGCAACACUGAACUGUUUAAAGCCGCAGCUGGAAAUUCGAAUGGCGCAGAUGUAUACAUCGACUUUUGCCCGCCUGCCGUGACGAACAGCUCGUUGCUUUCUUCUGGUGUUGGUGCCUUGCGUUCGUUUGGAAGGUGUGUCAUCAUGGGAGGAAUGUCAGGGGAAAUUAAGGUGCCAUAUUUGGAAGUCAUGUUCAAAAGUCUACGGUUGCAGGGUCGAUUUAUGUAUUCACGACCUCAAAUCCUCCAGUUCAUACAAAUGGUGGAGUCGGGACUUGUUGCAUUGGGUACUAAAGCGGGGAUUCAUCAAACGAAGGAAUUCGGCUUGGAAUCUGUCGACGAUGCACUUGAGGCGGCGAGGAAGCUGACCGGCUGGGGGGCGCAUGUUGUGUUAAGGCCAGGUCAAAAUUAG